AUGUCUGAGUCUGAAUCAAGUGACUCUCAAGUGCCUGAUAUUGUUCUUUUUACCUUUAUUGCACUCUUGCUCACUAUUAUAAGCUACGAGCUCAAAAAGAAUUUUAAAAUUCCUGUCUCUCCAAUUCUACUGCUGGUUGGAAUCCUUUUCAGACUAAUAGGCGAAGUCUUUCCAGGCCUCCAAGGAGCAGUUAGUCAAGUAGAUACAUUGAGCCCUGAGCUAGUCAUGCUAGGAAUCCUCCCAGCCUUAAUAUUUGAUGCAGCAUUUUCAACCGAUUGAUAUACAUUCAAAAGAGAAAUCUGGCAAAUUGUUCCUAUGGCCACAACUGCAGUUGUCCUAUCCGCAAUUUUGACAGCAAUCGUCAUAAAAAUAAUUCUAGAGUACGAUUUUUAUUGAGAUGAAGCUCUACUCCUAGGUGUAUAGAAAUUUCCCAUAGAUGGCGCUGUUUGCCCUUGAUUUGCCCAUGAGAAAAAUUUUUUGGUUUGACCAAACCAUAUAGGACUGGUCGAACCAAAAAAUUUCCCCAGUGGGCAAAUCAAGGGCAAACAGCGCCAUCUAUGGGAAAUUUCUAUAAUUUUAAGCGCUACAGACCAUGUUGCUGUGGUCGCUCAGCUGAAAGAAAUGCACGCAGACAAUCGGUUUAAGACUCUUAUUGAGGGUGAAACGCUACUAAAUGAGGCCACAAUCCUGGUCCUUUUCAACGUCAUGCUUGACAGCACCCUUGGAAAGGCAGAUGUUCAAACCAGUAUUCUUGAGUUUUUUGAUUUGUCAGGAGUUGGCUUUGUAUUAGGGAUCACUUUUGCAAUAGCGAUGGGGUGAAUAAUUAAACGCAUGGUAAAUGAUCAGAUACAAGAAACGCUAUUGACAUUAGUAACGACUUAUUUGCUGUUCUAUACAGCCGAUGCAACUGGUAUUGGAGCCUCAGGUGGAAUUUCUGUUGUCACUUUUGGGCUCUAUAUGAGUGCAUACGGGAAAACACUCAUAAGCCCAAUGGUGGAAAAGCCCCUGCAUAAUUUUUGAAAUAUUGCUGGAACUUCGGUAGAGUCAGUUGUGUUUAUUAUUGCAGGAAUGCUUUUGGGGAUGUUUUUUAUUAACUCGCUCAUCUUGGGCAAGCUAAGCUGUUCGCUCACUCAUGGUAGGUGGCUAAAUAAUCCAUUUCAGAUUAAAAUUCCAUUUUAUAAUAUAAAUUGUUUAAAAUAAUAUAAUCAGCUAGAGAUUUAUUGUAAUAUUUAUUCGUUAUAUCAAAGUGUUUAAAAUAGAAAUGUUUAAUCAGAAAUUGUUAAGGAUUUUGUCAAUUAUCUUGCCAUUCACGGAGUGAGGGUAAACAAACAUCGCUUGAGUUUAAAGAUGUAGUGGUUCUAUUCACCUUGUUUAUUUUUCAGCACCUUGUGAGAGGUCUUGUAAUAGUUAUUCAUUAUCCUUUGCUGAAGAAAUUUGGAUAUGGGAUUAAUUGAAAGGAAACAGUUGUGAUGACCCUUGCAGGGCUAAAGGGAGUCAUAGCUACUGCCUUAGCAUUGAUCGUUUACAAUGAGGCUGAUUUGAAAAGCACUUUCAAAGAUCUCCUGCUGUUCUUUACAGUCGGAAUAGCAGGACUAAGCAUCGUUUUUGAUAGCUUUGCUAUGAAAUUUGCAGUGAAGAAUUUAGGGAUGGAAAGACUUAGUGAUGUCGAAGAGAACAUGCUUGUGGGCGUAACGACAGCUAUAUUGCAGCAUACUGCUAAAAAGGUAGAAAGCAUGAGAAAUGAUAAGCAAUUUAACCUCGUAAGGUGGGAAAAAGUCAUGGAACUUUCAGGGCCCAAAAAUUUGCUUGUUCAGAUUAUGGAAAAUACCCAAGUUGGCUCAAAAAUCCUGAGAAAGCACCAUAAUGAUGGGCCAGAAGAGCUACUGUCGCGUUAUAUGGCUAAGUUUAGUUUGUCAUCUUCAGAGCUGGCUAAUGAAACUCGGAGAAGAUUCUAUACAACGUUAAAAGGGAUUUAUUGGCAUGAGUUCGAGUCUGGACAGUGCUCUGGCGUAGCUUCAUUGGUCUUAAUAGAAUCAUGCAAUAGAGCACUUGAUAACGAGUCUCAAAAAAUGGCUGACUGGGAAUUACUGCAAAAAGAGCUAUACAGUAAACGCUUAAUGAACAUUUACAAUUAUCUUGCUAGUUUCCCGGUCAUAGGACAAUUUUUCAAAAACUUGCUGUAUGAUCGCGUCAUUCUCGCUUAUGACGCUGCGAGCACUUUUAUUUCAGCUCAUACUGAAGCUGAAGAGCUUAUGGAUACUAUGGAAAUCGACAUUGACGAAUUAAUUUUCAGGGAUGUCAUGGAAGAAGCCCACGAUCAAAUUGAGCUCUGCAAGGAAUUCGUUAGAGAUAAUAUCACUGACUCUUAUCCUGAAGUUGUAGCUGAGGUCACAUCGAGCAUGGCUUCUCACACCUUGCUGAUAUCUCAGCGAAAACUUAUAAACAAGAUAUACCACCAAGGAGUAAUCAAGGAAAUCGAAUUCGAGCACUUGAUCGACGCAAUUGAUAACAAUAUGAAGCAGCUCACCUUCCAGAAAAACCCAACUGUUCCCUCAGUUAAAGAUAUCCUCAAAAACCGGUUCAGAAAUGCGUCUGAGGCUGAUAUUGAGCUGCUUUUGCCAAUGAUAACAGAGCGGCAUUAUCAGCCUGACCAAGUGCUCUUUAAAGAGGGCGAUCCUUCAGAUGGAGCUUACUUGAUUUUUAAUGGGAGAGUUCAUGAAACGGCUUCAUGAAUCGACCAAGAACUGAUGAUUGGGAAUAUUGUGGGCGUGCAGCAUUUAUUGCCGACUUAUAAAGUCAAUACCUCUACAGCAACGGCGCUGACGAUGGUAUUUGCAGCCCACAUACCAGCUGCAAUGCUUAAUAAAGAUGUCUUUAUUGAAGACCUAUAUAAGGAGGCAAGUGAGGAGCUGAUAAGCUUAAAUGCCAGCAAACUCGGGUUUGGAGACGUAAGCGAAGACCACUUGAUGAGGAUGAUAAAGAAUUCCCAGAUUAAAUAUAGGGCUUUUCCUUGGAUAGCCCGAUAACGGUAUGAAGCUAGACCGUUAUCGAGCUAUUCAAGGGAAAGCCCUAUACUUUAUCCGUGGAAACAUGAUUGAUCUCAGAAGGGGAGGCAUAGUACUUUUGGGAAGUUUUAGAAAGGACAAAGAAGAAUUUUCUAUUAUAGCACCGAUUAAUAAGCCUAUAGAAGCCAUCAGGAAUUGUGUCCUUUUGCUGUUUCCCGAACAUUUUUCAGGGUGCAUGAAAGAAUCCCGUACAAUGGAAGAGGCUUUUGAUUCUUAUUAUUUGAAGAGUAGCAAUAAGUUGAAAUCAGACCAGGGUCCAGAAAGAGUAAAAGAUAACUUGGGGCUGACAGCUAUGCAUAAGCUUAAUAGAUUGGAAACGAAGAGACUACUUACAUCAAGAUCUAAUUUAUCUAUUAAAAGCAAAUGCUAA